AUGACAGAUUUGGACAAACCAAACCCAACACUGAAGCAGUUACGAAGAAGUUCUGAGAAGACCAGUGGGGAGAAUGAAGACAGAGAAGAGAUGGGAAUGGAUCGUGGAGGUUCUGUCCAUGUUAAGUUCGUACAUCGGGAAUGGUGGAUGGGCAUCGUGCAACGGUGUUUGCAGAAAGGUGGCACAGGCAGUGGAGGCUGGGAUGCAGAUGGAAAAGGCCCUAGUGUCUGGGACACAUUCACCCAUCAGGGAGGAGAGAGAGUUUUCAAGAACCAGACUGGUGAUGUAGCUUGUGGCAGCUACACUCUGUGGGAGGAAGAUUUGAAAUGUAUCAAACAGCUUGGAUUGACUCAUUACCGCUUCUCUCUUUCCUGGUCACGUCUGUUACCUGAUGGGACGACAGGUUUCAUCAACCAGAAAGGUGUGGCCUACUAUAACAAAAUCAUCGAUGACUUGAUAGCAAAUGGGAUUACCCCCAUUGUGACCCUUUACCACUUUGACUUGCCCCAAUCUUUAGAAGAUCAAGGAGGGUGGUUGUCAGAAGCCAUCAUCGACUCGUUCGACAAAUAUGCCCAGUUUUGCUUCCGUACUUUUGGGGAUCGAGUCAAACAGUGGCUCACUAUCAAUGAGCCCAGCCUACUAGCUGUGUUUGCCUAUGAUUCAGGUAUAUUUCCUCCAGGUGUGCCUCGCAUGGGGACCGGAGGUUAUCAGGCAGCUCAUAAUUUAAUUAAGGCGCAUGCCCGAUCCUGGCAUAGCUAUGAUUCCUUCUUCCGAAAAGAGCAGAAGGGGAUGGUGUCCAUAGCCUUGUUUGCUGGCUGGCUAGAACCGGCCGAUCCCAACUCACUGGCUGAUCAGGAAGCUACCCAGAGAGCCAUGGCCUUUCACUUGGAUUUCUUUGCUAAACCCAUAUUCAUCGAUGGUGAUUACCCUGAAGUCGUCAAGUCCCGGGUGGCUGCCAUGAGUAAAAGGCAAGGUUAUCCAUCAUCAAGGCUUCCAGAAUUUACCGAAGAAGAAAAGAAAAUGAUCAAAGGCACCGCUGACUUCUUCGCUGUGCAGUAUUAUACGUCUCGCAUAGUCAAGUACAAGGAGAACAAGGAUGGAGCGCUGGGCCUUCUCCAGGAUGCAGAAGUUGAAUUUUUUCCAGAUCCAUCUUGGGAAUGUGUAGACUGGGUCUACAUCGUACCAUGGGGGAUCCGCAAACUACUGAAACACAUCAGGGAUACGUAUAAUAACCCUGCAAUUUACAUCACAGAGAAUGGGUUUCCUCAGGGUGACCCCAUGUCUCUUGAAGACACUCAGCGCUGGAAGUAUUUCAGACAGACGCUUCAGGAACUGUUCAAAGCUAUCCAACUCGAUAAAGUCAAUCUUAAAAUGUACUGUGUAUGGUCGCUUCUGGAUAACUUUGAGUGGACCCAGGGAUACAACAGCCGGUUUGGUCUCUUCCACGUUGACUUUGAAGAUCCAGCUAGACCUCGAGUCCCUUACGGUUCAGCCAAGGAGUAUGCCAAGGUCAUCCGAAACAACGGCCUAGAAGGACAUCUGUAGAAGAGUGGGCUGGGUAGUACCCAUCUAGAGAAGAGCCCUCUGCUCUUGAAAAGGAGAUUUGUGUUGAUUUUUCAUACAACCUCAAGUUGCCUUUCUAAUCAACAGUUCUUACCAGCUGAUCUGUAAUUAAGAAUUCUGAAUAUGUAAUGCCUCAGGAAAUAUUUAAUGAUGGCCUUUCAUUUAUUUGUAUUCGGAUCAAUGAAGCUUUGGGAAAAAAAUAGAAAAUCACUGAAAUUGGUUUUUCAGUUAAGAAAUCAGAUAGACUUUAGAACUUUUCAAUUUAAAACCAUUAGAUUGUUUCUCACACAAAAUCAUCUAAAACUUAUAAAAAGAAUGGGCUCAUCAUUUGUAACAGUCUAAGAGUAGACAGUGUAUAAGAAUACUUGUGUAUGAGCCUGUUUUUCCUGAUUACAUUAUCUAUUAUUUGCUUAGUAGAUCUAUCAUUGCCUAUGUCAUGAUUUUUGUACUGUUUCAUGUAAAAUAUAACCCAAGGUAAAAGUUGAUCACCUUGUAGGAGUUCUCCAUUUUAUUCAACAAAGGAAUGAUUUGGUCACCUAUGUAACACAAUGGACUGAUGGCACAUGUUUUAUCUAUCUCUGAACAAGGAUCUUUCUCUUAAUCUAUGACUUUUUUGAAAAAUGACAAAAAUAAAUAAACUUUGAAUGACAGAAA